ACACCACACACCAAAUAAAUAAACAUGCACAGACACAUAAACAUACAUAGAGGGAGAGAGAGAUCUGAGAGUGAGAACCGAAGGAAGAAGAGAGAGAGGACCGCGAUGGAGGAAGGAAUCGCGCCGCCCAGUCGCCGUCCAUGGGGAGUCGUCGUCGGCGUUGUCGCGAGGAGGAGAGGAGCCCGCGUCGGAGGAGAAGAGCCGUCGCGUUCUACCACCGCUGAGGGACCAAUCGCCGUUAGAACCGUCACUGCUGUUGUGUUCCGUCAUCGCUGCCACGUCGUGACCCCGUCGUCACCACCGAAGGCUCUAGCGCUGCCGCUACUUCUAUGGCCGCCAUCAUCUGUUGCAUGUGCGAAAGGAGAGAGGAGCCUUGAGAACAAGGAAAGGAGUCAUGUGAGGCUUGUGCCGAGAGGCAGAGGGCUGUUCAGCCGCCACCGCUGCUGCCAUGAUCACCGUUGCAGUUUCAAAAAAAAAGGGGGAUGCCGUCGAAGUACCUCUGAUAUGCCCCUAUAGCUAUGAUUAUUGAUAAUGUUACUGCUGUUGCUACUGCUGGGUCUAAGCCGCUGCUACUGUGAAUUUAGAAUAAGAGGGUUUGUCGCGUUUAAAUUCUGCGGUCUCGACUAAUUGAGAUAGGGGAUUUGUUUUAAAAAUAAAUAUUUUAAGUUAUGAAUGCCAAUAAAAUUAAAUGAGUAACUGCAAAUGGUUUAUGGUUGCUUUGUGUGAAUAAUUGUUGGAAUUGAGUUGAAUCAUAGCUGUAGUUGGUGAUUGGUUUAAUGAUUUAAUGUAGUGAUUAUUGACGAUGUUGUGUAUUAUGAAGUUAUACUUGUUGCUAGUACUUGUUGAUGAUGAUUUUGUGUAUGGAAUGUUGCUAUGGUUGCUGAAAAUUCAUUUGAUAAAUCAGAACGUGAGAUAUGUUGUUAUAGAUGAGAUGCUGAAGAAUGGAUGCUAUGAUAAUAUGGUUACGUUGCACCUAUGAUAUGAAAUUGUGAUAUAUUGAAUUAAGAGUUCUUGGGCAACUUUGGUUAGU